CUGGAUACCAGACUCCCCUGUGCUGUAUAAAUACUGACGAGGACAGUCAGCCUCAGCACACCGGCGACAGACUCCAGAAAGGACGAUGGCUGUACAGGUCACCAGACUGAUGUUUCCCCUGAUGCUGAGUUUGUUUCUGGGAGUUUCAUCUCCCAUUUGGCCCCUGACUCCUGCAGCGGCCUUCCAGCUGCCGCCCUGCCAGCUCAUCAACCAGACGGUGUCUGUGGAGAAAGAGGGCUGUGCCUCGUGUCACCCGGUGGAAACAACCAUCUGCAGUGGCCACUGCAUCACCAAGGACCCUGUCAUCAAGAUACCGUUCAGCAAAGUGUACCAGCAUGUGUGCACGUAUCGGGACUUUUACUACAAGACAUUUGAACUUCCUGACUGUCCUCCCGGUGUGGAUCCCACGGUCACCUACCCAGUGGCUUUGAGCUGCCACUGCGGCCGCUGUGCCAUGGACACAUCUGACUGCACCUUCGAGAGCCUGCAGCCCGACUUCUGCAUGAAUGACAUACCUUUCUACUACUAGGCUCAAGUUAAAGCAGCUUAAAACACAUUAAAAAUCAAUAAGUAGAUACAAAAACUGUUCUAACUUUUCGUAUCAGCUGUGGUAAAUAAAAAAUGUUACACAGAGCAAAGAAUGAUGUUUCUAUGUUUUGUGCAAUAACUGUGGGCAAAUUUCCAUGAACAGGAAGACCGUGGGUUACUCUUGUGUUACAUAUCAGAUCUGAUCUGUCUGUGAGAACAUGUUGUGUGAAACUGGUGUGCAAGACAAACUUUG